CGUCUGUUAAACACGACGCCAUGUUUGUGGCCUAUGGCAUUUAUGGAAUCAGGAAAGUCAUAUAGACCAGCACUCAAAAUGGAUCUGCGAAAGGUCUUGUAGGUUCUGCGAGCUCUUCAUGACUUCAUUUUAACAAGAAAAUCAUUGGCUGUCGAAUUAGUUGGACAUUGGUCCUCUCAGAGAUGCAGAUCCUUACAAGCCUGAGACAGAGUUGUCUGCAGAAGUAGCUAUCAGGGAAUGGAGAAAAGUGACAGGACUAUGUCAGCAGAGGAGCGGAUUAUACAGUUGGAGAGACUUUUCUUGAAUGGUGUUUCUAAAUCAAGUGGGCAAGCAGUCAGUGUUGAAACCCUUCUUGAUGCUCUGCUGGUCCUGUAUGAUGAGUGCAAUAGUGCUGCGCUGCGCAGAGAGAAAAAUAUCAGUGAAUUUGUGGAGUUUGCCCGUCCGGUUACAACAAAUGUGCGUCAGAAGCGUCUUCAACGAGAUGACUUUGAAACACUCAAGAUUAUUGGACGUGGGGCCUUUGGAGAGGUGGCUGUGGUCAAAGAAAAGUCGUCUGAAAAUGUGUAUGCAAUGAAAAUCUUGAACAAAUGGGAGAUGCUGAAACGGGCUGAGACUGCAUGCUUCAAGGAGGAGCGGGAUGUGCUGGUCUAUGGAGACAGGAGGUGGAUCACCAACCUUCACUAUGCGUUUCAGGAUGACAAUUACCUGUAUCUAGUGAUGGACUACUAUUGUGGCGGUGACCUGCUGACUCUCCUGAGCAAGUUCGAAGACAGGCUACCGGAGGACAUGUGCAAGUUUUACAUAGCAGAGAUGGUGCUGGCCAUUAACUCUCUACAUGAACUCCAUUAUGUGCAUAGAGAUAUCAAGCCGGACAAUGUAUUGCUUGAUCGCAGUGGUCACAUUGUUUUGGCGGACUUUGGGUCUUGUUUGAAACUCAUGGAAGAUGGCACUGUGCGGUCCUCUGUAGCUGUGGGAACACCGGAUUACAUAUCUCCAGAGAUUCUUCGGGCGAUGGAAGAUGGACAUGGCUGUUAUGGACCAGAGUGUGACUGGUGGUCUCUUGGUGUCUGCAUGUAUGAAAUGCUGUAUGGGGAGACGCCUUUCUAUGCUGAGUCUUUAGUGGAGACCUAUGGCAAAAUUAUGAACCAUCAGACAAGAUUUGAGUUUCCCACUGAUGCAGAUGAUGUGUCUACGGAAGCCCAGGAUCUGAUAAAAAGGUUGAUUUGUACUCCAAAUGACAGAUUUGGAAAAAACGGGUUGGAGGAUUUCAAAGCUCACACCUGGUUCUCUCAAAUUGAUUGGGAUAAUAUACGAGACAUGGAUCCACCCUAUAGGCCUGAAGUAACAAGUGCAACUGAUACGUCAAAUUUUGAUGUUGAAGAUACAGAUUUCAAACACACUGACACUGUUCCUCCCACAUCCCAUGCCACAUUUAAAGGUCAUCAUCUUCCUUUUGUUGGAUUUACUUUCACCAAGGACUGCAAAUUAUCUGAUUUAAGCAGACUCUUCCCAAAUGAAGAAGAAAACGAAGACAAGCGCAGUGAUGUUCAGAGCGAGAUUUUCGAACGCAAGAUCAAAGGUCUAGAGAAAGAAAACAAAGAACUGAAUCGAAGGAUUCAAGAAUCCACGGCCACUAUUGUACAGCUGCAGAAUGCAGAAGUGAAUGGGAUUGGAGCUGCUUCUGGUGCUGAUGAGGCAGAGACACGGCAGCUAAAAGAGGAGGUUGCUGUUUUACAUAGAGUGAUAGCAGAAUCUCAGUCUGAAGUUAGCACUUUGGAACAAGAGUUGAAGAGGUCAAGUGAAGUUGUGUUAGACUUGGAGAGGAGGCUUCGACUUUCAGAAGAUGAAAAAACUGCUUUUGAAAAGGAACUGCAAGAGUGGAGGGACAAGUACAAGUCUCAAGCGAGAGAGCUGAAGGAGGCUCUGAAUAAGCAGAAGCUUGCAAUGGAACAAUACACAGAUAUUAAUGACCAGCUGAUGAAACUUCAGUCAAAAGUGAAGGAGUUGACAAGAGAGGUGAGGAACAAGGAAGAGGAGAUCGAAGAUCAAAGGAGAAUGAUUGACUCUCUCAAGUCUGAGAAAAGAAAAGGCGAAAAGACCAUUAAUGAGCUGCAAAAUCAUCUGGACGAGGCCCGCUCUGAGUCUGGCAAGGAGAGACGUCUUAGAGAACGUGCAGAGCAGUAUGCUCAAGAUCUGGAGGUGGAGAUGGAAAGCAUCAAGAGGAAGCAAAUGGGGAGGACAGCUGGUGCCAAUGUGGUGGAGCUCACACAAGAAGUCUCUAGACUUAAAGCGGAGAUUGAGAAGAAGGAAUCGGAACACGAGGAUAGAGUAUCCCGGCUGUCUUCCAAACAUGGCUGUGAAUUGAAUGAGGUGAAGUUCCAGCUGAAAGAUACCGAAACGAAGCGAUCGGACCUGGCAGAUGAAGUGGCUAGAAUGCAGGCCAAGCUUACAGAGCAGCAGAACUCUAAGGAGCUCCAGGAGCAGAUCAGCACCCUCCAGCAGCAAAUCGAGACUUCAGACCACAAGGUCAAGGCACUCACAGAAGAUAACGAAAGAAUGCAAGAGGAGUCGUCUUCUCAAUCAAACAGGAUUGACAGUCUAAUGAGAGAACGCAGUCAGAUGGAAGAUGAAAUCAGGGAUAUUUAUGAUAAACGAGAAUCUGUUGCACAGUGGGAAGCCCAGAUAUCGGAAAUUAUCAAAUGGGUAAGUGACGAGAAGGAUGCAAGAGGUUAUCUUCAGGCACUGGCAACAAAGAUGACAGAGGAGCUUGAGAAUCUGAAAGUCAUGGGAGUUCCAGGAGAUGAAAGCCGACCCAGGUGGAGGAACAGGAGAUCUCAAAAGCUGGACAAGAUGGAGUUGCUCACACUUCAGUCUCAACUCAACUCUGAACUGCAGGCCAAGCAACAGAUCAGUGCUGAGUUGUCGAGCACCAAAGAGGAACUCAUGCUGGCAGAAAGCAAACUUCAAGACAGCAACAGGAAAGUGGGUGAUCUAGAGGAGAGAGUCAAACAGCAAGAAGAGAAGUUGGCAAAGUUCAGUGAUCAGAACAGAAUUGAAGAAUGGGAAAGGUCUGGUGGAAAGAGUUCCUCCUCAAUACUGGAAUACCUCAAUGAUCGUUACUCACUGAUGCCAGAUCAAAUGUCAAAUGACAGUGAACGAGAGGAUGACAGCGAAGCGGACAACACAUCGCGGACUGACUCGCGGACAGACUCUCGCUCCGACAUCCGUGGAGGCAGCGACACUCCGGAGUCAUCGUCCUUCCCCCGCGAUGUCCACUUCACCCAGCCCUACGAGCCAGUGUACGAACCCCCCUGGGGCGGCAACAAAGCCGGGAGCCCCGGCCAGCGCCGUGCGUCGCCACAGGCGGGAAACACUGGUGCUAGAGAGCCAAACUCUCCCAAGUCUCCACAUGCCAAAACUCACAGGUUUAUCGUCAAGUCUUUCCAAUCACCGUACAGAUGUAACUACUGCACAAGUUUGCUGGUGGGCCUUCAACGACAAGGCAUCACAUGUGAAUCAUGUGGAUAUUCUUGUCACGUUGCGUGUAUGGAUAAAUGCCCUCAACAGUGCCCGGUGCCACCUGAUUUAACAAAACGUCCAUAUGGUAUUGAUGUAAAUAAAGGCCAAGGCACAGCGUAUGAAGGAUUUGUCAAGAUCCCUCGUCAAGGAGGCAUCAAGAAAGGUUGGGUGAGAGAAUACAUGGUGGUCUGUGAUUUCAAGCUGUUUCUGUAUGAGAUUCCUGCCGACAAGAACUGGCCGAGUCAACAGGUUCAACAGAUCGUGGAUAUGAGGGAUGAGGACUUCUCAGCAGCAGCGGUCUUACCAAGUGAUGUCAUUCAUGCCAACAAGAAGGAUAUUCCAUGCAUAUUUCGGGUAACAACCUCUGAGAUGAAUCCUCCUGGAUCCUACCACCAAAUUCUGUUGCUGGCAGACAGUGAGAAAGAAAAAGACCAGUGGUUGGGAAUUCUCACCAACCUGCACAAGAUCUUGCGGAGCAAGAGACUGCCAAAUAAGAGUGUAUAUAGCGCUCAAGAAGUUUGUGAUAAUUCUCUCUCUUUGGUGAAAAGUACGCACUGUGCUGCCAUAUUAGAUUCUUCCAGAAUUGUUUUGGGCACAGAAGAUGGUCUUUAUGUUGUGGAUCUCAGCAAAGACCAGCUUAUACGGAUAGGUGACCGGAGUGAGAAGAAACAAGUCUACCAGAUUGAAUUGGUGCUAGAGCUACAGCUGGGAUUGAUAGUGUUCAUCAGUGGCAAACAGAGACACAUUAAAUUGCUUCAUCAGUCUGCCCUGGAAGGACAUGACACCGAUCCGUUAAAGAUCAACGAAACCAAAGGGUGCCACACAUUCUGCCACGGAGUCAUACGGCAACCUCAGAGUGGCAGCUCUUGUGUUCUUUGUGUUGCUAUCAAGAGGACUGUGCAGGUUUAUGAGAUCAACAAGACGAGGCAAAGAUAUCGGAAAAUGAAAGACAUUCAGGUGCCUGGUCAGGUGGAGUGUAUAGAGAUGAUGAGUGAACGGCUGUGUGUGGGCUACCCUUCCUGCUUUGCCAUUUACAGUGUGCAAGGGGAUGGAGCUCCAAUGACUCUGGUGAACACAGAUGACAACAGUCUUGGUUUCCUGGUACAAAAUCCCAUAGAUGCCAUGUUGGCUGUGGAAUUGUCUCCAAGAGAAUACCUACUUGUAUUUAACAUUGUUGGUGUGUAUGUGGACAAUACUGGAAGCCGCAGCAGGGGAGAAGAGAUGCUGUGGCCAGCGCCUCCUUUAGCAGUCAGUUUCUCAUCGCCAUACCUUGCCUGCUACUCAGAGAAUUCCAUAUUUGUUUUUGAUGUCACCACAGCUGAAUGGGUGCAGACUCUGUGUCUGAAGAAGACAAAGCCACUGAACAAAGAUGGGUCAUUGAGCCUGUUGAACACAUUGGACUCUCAACAUAUUGUCUAUUUGAAGGACAUGAAUGCAGAGGAGGACAAACUGUCUGUGAUGGAAAUUUUCAAACAGAAGAGCAGUCGCAAUAAGCGCAGAUUUUCUUUCAAAACAACCCAGGAAGACAGAUCUAGCAAAGCCUCACAUAUCUUCAACUUCCCGGACCGCCGGAAUCGAGAGAUCUCUGGCCCCCUGACCUUCAGCCAUAUAGCCCACGUGGGACCCGGGCAGUUAUUGCCCUCCUCACAAGGCCCUCCCCCUCCUGUAAGUGAUCGGCGCUCGAGAGUGAUAUCACCACCUUCAAACUUUAGCCACAUCGCUCACAUAGGCCCUGACCAGGGUCACCAAGUGCUUAUAGAUCUUCCCAAAACUGGAGCAGCUGCUGGCAGUGAGGAGAUGCAGAGGGUGAAGAGCAUGUUUCAGCGACCUCUCAAGUCCAUUCACGAGGCCCAGAUGAGAGGCACGAGACCAUCCAGCUCCCAUUACAAUGGCAGUGCAGGCAGCCGCCAGGAAAUGGCUCGGCCUGGAAGAGGGAGAGGUAGAUCUCUUCCUUCCAAUGCACCUGGAAGGGGAGGUGACGUUUCUUCUCCGACACAUCAGCCUACAGAGCAGAGCAGUUUUGAGAAGGAACUCUCCUCACAGAUAUUUGAGUCCUUAGAAAACCUCAAAAUAGAUUAUCCUUCUUACCUGAACAGUGAGGACAGUGUAGAGCCGAGCAGUCAGUGGCGUCACUCUGUGGCUUCCAACGCCAGCAACAGCAUGUCCCCGCCGGGCUCCAACAGACACAGCCUGGGAGAGGACAGCCACUCCCCCGCCAACACCACGGACGCCUCGGACACCUCAGAACAGAACACACAACUUUGAUGAUCACCACCCUAUUCCCCCCCGUCCCCUUCCCUGGCCUCUACCACUGCUUCUUCUUAUGCUUCUUAGAACAUGUGGGCCUUCCUGCUAGAGGAUGUGAAGCAUGCGUUUCUGUAGGUUUGGCCCCCCCUCCCCUGAAGUGUGCUAGGAAAUGUGAGAGAGGAGUGCAAGGGGACAAUUGUCCGCAGACCACUUUACCUCCACGUGCAUUCGCCUUAAAGAUAUUGGUUUAUGUAACAUAUGUCAUGUUGACGCCUUGUCUGUGACAGAUGUCUGUUAAAACGCUUUCACAAUGUAGACGUCAUGUUUUAUUUAAAUACUUGGCCCCUCUCCCCAGUUUGCUUCUGAAUGCAAAGGUUAAUGCAGGUUGUACAAACUUCACACUAGCACCAUGAACGUAGAACAAGUAUAGUUACCCAUCGAAAGAGUUUUGAACUUUUGGAAGUGUAGCAUUGUUUGUAAACGUUUAAGCAUUUAACAAAUACAAUCAAAAUCCCGUAUAAUGUUCUCACAGUAAUCCUAAUUAUCUACCGACCUGAUGAGGUUGCUUGCUCUCUACCAAUGUCUUGUUGAUGGUAGAUAUAUCACACUGGCUUUUAUUAUUAUUAUAUGAAGUAAUUCUUAAAGGGUAUAGCAAAAAUCGUGUACUUCUUGUUCACAUGUUCCUUUUUCUAUGACCACAUCGAGUCUCUUACCUUUUUACAAUGUGCAAAUCGAUUGUCAUUCCAGGCUGGAAAAGGUUGGCUCGUCAAGCCUGUUGUAUAAAAAGGACUACCCAUAGGAGAUUCAGCCAUGGGCACUUUUAUUUAUACAUUCUUCUGAGCUUCCAAACAUGACCUGUUUGUGCUUUCACCUGCCAAAGUAGAGAAUUUGUUGUGCUGUUUCGGAUCAAGAGUGACAAGGUUGAUGAUUUGGGCAUUCAUUUUCUCGUCUCCACUGCAUCCCGUACGUGUUGAUGCUUUUUGAGCAAGCUGGUAUGGCCAAGAAUCUGCUUUUAAAUAUCGAACGGUACCUUCCUCUUGUUCCUGACAAUAAAAUGUUUCCCUUCAGAUAGCUGCACACUGCUGUUACUGUUUAUAGGGCCUUUGCGUCGCUGGCUUGAGUUGUCUGGGAACACUUUUCUUUGUCUCGGCUGUAGCUUUUGAGUUACAUUUUCGUACUAAAAAUAGGAGAAAAAAAUUAGCAUUCAGUUGUAAUUGCUGCAAGUACUGUUGAGUAAGGGUUGAGUGUUGUUGAGUGGCAAGGCUGGUAAGCCAUUUUUGUAAUGCAUUUCUAUGGAUGGAACUACCCUUCCCAUAUUAAAUUUCACAAUAUUCUCUGGAAAGGUAAAAUUACUUUGAUGAUGGGGGACAUCUAGGCACUAAUUUGAUAGACUUUGGGUCUUGCCUGUGUUGAACACUUCUAUGAGUUUCAUGCUCCGUCAGCCCUUCAAAGUGGCAAUAAUAAUAAUAUGGACCUCAGAAAAAGUUAUGUUUUUUUGGGUGCACUAGACUUCCAACUGCCCAGAACAACAACAGUGAGUUGCCUUUUGUAAGGAGCUACCUCUUCAGCGUAUCCUUACCCACACAUUACACCACUUGCUAAGUUCUCCUAUUUUAAUAGCCAGGUCUGAUGAUUAUUUUGUCAAUGUUGCUAUGCCUGAUUACUUCCCUGCAGCUUGAUGUCUUAUUUUAGGGAAUGGUGAUGUAAGCUUACCUUACUGCAUUUGUAUAUACAUAUAAUGUGGUUCACAUGCUGUUCAAACAAAGGAAAGCCACACAUUGUCCUGCUUAACUUCUCAGUACAUGCGGAAAUUCUCUUCUCUGUAAAUAUUUGCUGGAUUUGUAGUGAUGUAUUCAACGACUGUAAAUAUUUGACCACUGUCAGCUUUUGGUGGCAAGCUUUGCUUCAUAUUUUACUCCCUGUCGAUAAUUGUACAAAGGUCAUUUUUAUAUUUAAGUCAGUAAGCAUUUCAGCUAUCGCAGUGUAUCAUAUUGUAAUCCUUGUAAAGAGAUAGGGAAAAAAAUAAAAAAAUUAGUUGAAGCAAUGUGUGUAUAUUUCUUGUGUAAUUAGGGCCAAGUGGUUUUGGAGUUUUUGUAGAAAUUGCUUUGAGUGGCCAAGUUUGUGUUAGUCCAGUCGUGCUUGCCCUGUCAUAUUCUUUGUUCUUUGAGCUCAGGUCCAAUAACCUGUUGUCAACAGUAUCUAUUUGCUACUCUGUGAAUAUGUGUCUUAGAUUGGAAUAUGUGGAUUGAAAAGCUUGGGUGAUGAUUGAAAUAGCUGGCUGUGAAAAUGACUAGGAAAAUCUUCCAUGAAGUGUUUUAUAAGUACGAAAUUUGGUAGCCAUACUUCACAUGUGAGGUUUACUAAAAUACAAAAUCAAUUUGUCAUGAUAUCCUGUAUCCGAAAAUGUCUAUGCAGCAUUUCUGGGAGACUGGCUGGUUGAACAGUGUGUCUGUACUCUCAACAGGGUUUUACUGCUGUAUGAAUUAAAAUGAUCUGUUGUGUAAAUUGGCUCCCUGCAGAUUCUCUGCCUGGUGAUAGCCAGAGGCAACGCUUGGCUUUGAAAAUUUCUAUUGCCACAUCACAGUCUCUUUUUGACCGUUACAAGCCAGCUAUGUUUGCCUUUUAUAGAGAAAAAUUUUGAAAGUAUGAAAGGUUUUAUAAAAGAAAGAAUAGUACUGGUAAACAGCAUUGAAAUAUUGUCUCCAUGUUUCAGCUGUAAUCUCAUAGGGUAUUGGUAAACUAGGAAAGUCUUUUUCCUUUUAAAAUUUUAAAAUACAAAUGAAUGGUUUGAUUAGAUUAUCUUGUUUUGAUAUUGAACAUGUUGAGCAUGUCGUGCAGUGUGGUGUAAGUGUAGUGUUUUAUUUGCUGUCUUUGUUUUAUUUUGUAACUAUCAGUGCAUGAUUUCCAAUUUUAAUGUACAGGUCUCCUUAUGUGCAAUGAUGAAACUCAUGUGUACAGUGUUGGCAUUUCACCACUUCCGAGCACGCACGAUGUGUGAGGAAUCAUUCAGACUCUCUCUGUCAUACAAAACAAGUUCACACAUACAUAUACGCAAAAAUACAGUCACAUUUGUCUGCACCUAGCAGUCUCUUGACACGAAAAAGGUGAAACAUAAAUUUUGUAAAUAGCUUCAUUUCUGCAGUGGUCAUACAUUGACUUGGGUGUCUUUGGAAAUCCCAGAAUUUGUCACGGAAACUUACUAUAUCUAUCCAUACUAUGUUUACAAGGAAUUUACAGGAGAGGCUUUGCAGCCAUGUUCACUUGCCUUCUGUGGUGGGAAACAAUUGCGUAGGGGAAAUACAGUCGGGCACAGAUAACUCAGGCGCGUCGGGUAUUGACAAGUGUGUCCGACUCAUUCACAGUUUGGGUAUCAGUGGAGAGGUAUCAGUUGUGCAAUGGCAACUUGUAUGAACUAUCAAUGAUUUCAAGUUUUGCGUGUUUGUGGUAUCUGUGCCAGUCUGUAGUUGACUUGGGGUGAAGCUAGGAAACUGAAAUUUUUGGAUAAGGCAAAACAAAGGCUACAAAAGUUGACUUUCAUAUGUGAGGUGAACGGGUGUAAGAUGAUUUAAUUUUUACCCACAGAUGUUAAAUGUUUUUAUCUUUGGGCAUAGACUGUACUGGUAUUGACAACACAUGAUUCCAUAAGCCUAAAUCACAUACAUAUACUCCUUGGCACAUCAAGCAAAAAUUGCAUGACCACUGCACACUGUAUGUUGUACGUCAUUAAUUCCACUAACAUUUCUGUAUUGUGAAUUUUAAUUAUUUUUAAUUUCUAAUUACGUUUAGUAUUUUGUAUACGUUGAAUAUGAUAUGAGUAUAUAUACACAUAUUAUGUAUUUAUGCUAAUGAACUAUAAGCGCAACCCUCUUAUUCUGUUAGGAGCAUUCCCCUGCUUUCAGGGGAUCCAUCCUCAUUCAGUCAUUACUCUAUGUGCUUGAAUAGCUCGCAUCAGCCAGUGAUGUAAGUGUGAUAGCAGGAUGUGCAUGUCAAGCAACACUCUCUUUAAGAACAACUGUGUCAAUUUUGCAAUUUUUUUGCUGUUAGUCUGUAAAUGUAUAGAGGAAAGGAAUGAAAAAUUGUGUGUCUGUGCUCUUUCUGGAGGAGCAUCGCUAGACACUGCUGCUACUGUGUUACAGUCGGGACUACGAUUCAAACACAAAUUCAACACAUAAGGAAUAGAAAGCCCCAAAAAGGGGUGGAGGAUUGAGGAUAUAGCUGGACUGUUAAUGGAUACAGAUAUUUUCUGACACAGAGUUCAUACAGCUAUGUACUUCAGUGAUAUGGUAAUUUACAUAUUUCAAUUCAAGAAAAUGUUCAGUUCGAAAGUCUAUAAUGUUUGUGAACAAAAAGAAAUAUAUUAAAAGUUUGGGAAAAUAAACAUACUUUCAAUUUGUUGAAAGGAAUGACUGGCCAUGUUACUUUAAUAAUUUCCCUCUGGAUGGACAAAUUGUAGAAGGGACUUGCUGCUGAACCAUGUUACUGCACUGAUUUGUCUUUCGAAACAGUAAUGACUACACCUCCAGUACACUGGCUGAAGAUCCCACCCGAUUCUCUCUUUCCCUCCACAUUGUUCUCACUCUUGAUUACAUCACAUAUUUUCCUGAAUGAUUAUCAUGUAUGAAUUCAUAAUACACCUUCACACAUUUAUAUGACUGAAACAUAUCAGGUUUUGUUUAAGUAUACAGUUGCAGAUGUACAACAUGAUUGUUUCUUGCUUUGUCAAAUACUUGCUAACAACUAAACAUAAACAUUUUUGGACUGGUGAAUGCAGAAAUACAUAUCAGCUAGUUGCUUUCACAGCAGUCAAACAUAUGCAUAAGACAGAAAAAUAUCUUCAGGGGUAUUUAGCAUUUAUGAUUGAAAGAAGGUAGGAUAGAACUAUGCCAUUGAAAAUUGCUUUAUGAAGUUUUAAGUUUGUUGCAUUUUGUGUCAGUUGCAUUUGUUGGUCUUUUUUCCAGAAGAUAUUUCACAGCCUGAUCGUAUGUUAUGCACCAGUAAUUUGUAAAAUUUUGUCCGUUUUAUUUUUCUCGAGCUAGAAGAAAGAAGGUGAACAGAGAGUGUCAAAUUAAGUAAUUAAAAAGCAAUUAUGUCCUGGGCAUUCAUUGUGUUAUUUAAUACACCAAACAAAAAUUGCUAAAAAGGCAUUUGUAGAGGAGGGUUGUUGCGAAAUGGUCAUGUGUGGCAUUGCCACAAAUCUGAAGGCUGUGCCCAGAAUUUACAAAUUACUGCUGUCCCUAUGAGCCCAAAGUGUGAGAUGGCUGUUAUUUUUUUGACUGUGUGACCCGCCAGUCUGCCUAGUCUGCUAUGUCUUCAUACCACACGAAUUAUGUCUCAUGAAACAUUUUGAAUGAAUUGUAUACCACAUUAUCUACUCAACAAGAAACCAAACUACUACGCUUUAACAUGUGUAACCUCCCGCGACCCAGCCAGCACCUGGAGGGUGUUGGACUUCAUGUACAAACUUCUUUUGUCUCCUCCUUGUGCUGUAUGCCUCACUUAUGUUCACUCGCUGCUUUUUAUUUUGUGUCUCUCCACAUAUUCCUCCCCCCCCUCUUCAUCCCUUGAUGUUAUGAUGGAGUGUGUGUCCCUAGUAGCAAAGCUUUCUUCUGCAAUCCUUAGUGGUGGUUCUAUUCUGUUUCUCCUGCUUUCUCUGCUUGGUUAGUGUGUUCAAUUCUGAGUUGGGCACACUUUGCUUUUUUCUCAAGAGUGCGACCCUCUACUUUUUGGUGAAGUUCUUGGGGGGCCAUUCUGAUGUUGGGAUUGUUCACAAAAAUGAUAGUGGGAUUUGGUGGGGAGAGGUUGAAAGAGGGGAAAAAAAAAAAGAUCGUGAAAUGGAAAUAUUGUGAUUUCAAAAGUUAAGCUGGAAGCCAGUCACUGGAGUCAAUGUGCUGCUUCUGUAUUGCUUCAUGCAAUGUUUCUGCUUGUGACUGUCUCUUCACCCAGAGACAGUUUUGCUCUUACUUUCAUCCCUGGCAGCUAAAUUUUUCUAAAAAAUGGCAGUUUAAAAUGAGGUGGGAUGCUACGUUACACCACUUACUUGAAAAGUUGCUGUGAAAAUUUGAAGGUAGAAUGACUCGUAAAUAACCUUGUGUGAACUAGAAGUUUAGGUAAGCUAUUGUGGUGAGCCAUUGCGUGAUUAAUAGCUGUAGUGGAGAAGUUUAAAAUGUUUGUUUUGUUUUUCACUCAGUGUAUAAGAAGACAAACUUCGGGGCAACUUGUCUCACAUCUAUUUCUACCAUUGAGUGUGUAUAGUUCCCAACAUAGUCGACUUCACAUGUUCACAGUGAAGUUACAACAGCCAGCCCUAAACUAUUCCUCUUCACUUUCAUUCUGUCUCCAUCACCGUUGAGUUGUUUUUUUCUCCUUUUCUUUAAAAAAAAAUGUUUUUGUUCUUUCUAGUAAGUCUGACCAGUUUCCCUUCCGCUAUGUUCAGUGGACAGUCAGUCUCUGGCAUAUAUUUUACCAGUUUUCUUUGAAAGGUGAAGAGUACUUUUUUUUGUUGUUUCCGGUCGCCAAACCCCGGCUUGUGGUGGGUCUCUGGAAGACACUGUUUUUUCUCUCUUUCUUUGAUUCCUGUCUGCUAUCUUGAUGUUUUUCCUUCCCACUGUUGAGUUAGUGUGUUUUUUUUGGUUUUUUUGGUUCUCUUUUGACUAGAAUUUAAAUGCCCUAACAUGGUACAAUUGACAGUGAGCCUGUAUGCCAGGCGAGAGAUGUGAAUUUGGCAACUGUAUGUAUUGAGUGAGUGAGCAAGUUCGAGAGUGAAGGAGAGAGAGAGAGAGGGAGAGAGAGACAGACAGAGAGAGAGAAAGAGAGUUGUUGAAGGAGAGAAAGAGAGAAGCGAGGGAGAUUAUUUUGGAUAGAGUGAUGAUAAGUCAUGUGACAUUUGCUGCCCUAGUUACCACGAUUGAACAAACGUUUUUUCAGUGUCUCAGAGCUGACAUCAGCUUGGAAUUCUGUCUUCAUUCAUUUAUUAAAAUUAUCACAGAAACUCACAUGCAGUUUUUUAACAUUCUUGCAAGUGCUCCUUCUCAUAUCUGCACAUGAAACUAUUAAUAGCUAUCACAUGUAUGUGUGCGAGUUGAUUUCUAUUUAUAUCAGACUUCCACUCACGAGGUAACGCUUUACUACAUGAAUGUUUUAUGAGAGGUGAAGACAGUGCCACUCUUUUUCAACAACAACAAAUAUGCUUGUGUCCCCCCUCGGCCGUUCUGGGCUAUUCUAUUUCACUAUUUCUCUCCCUUGUAUCUGUGUGUUUGAGAGUGCUGCCUUUUCAUCUUUUUAGCUUUUCUCUGACUGAAGUCUCUUGGUGCUGUGGGCGUGUGUUUGUGUGUUUGAGCGCUCACGCGUGUGAGCUUGAGAGGAGGGAUAUAACUUUGAACGAAUAGUUUCCCCUGUUUCGAGGUCAUAGCUUUCUCCAAAUUAAUGAUGAUUUGUAUGUGGUAUCGAUGCAAUGGUUUCAUACUAUUUUGUUUGUACCAAAAUACCCUCUGUUAUUGUCCAAUAUAAAUUUGUAUUAUGUCAAUGACAGAGCACAUUAAAUCGAGGAAUACAAAUGUA